GGCGAGCGAGCUCUUCAACCCCAGACUGGGGCGCUUGUGAUUUGCGAGACCCGGCCGGUAGCGCGAUUCGUUUUGCUGUGGCAGGACAAGUUUCAUACAGGCAUGAAUCUCGCUGCGGCGCUGCAAGGUGCUCUGUCUCAGGAUGUUGACGAACGGUCAGAAGCAGAAGGCGACCUGGAGCUGCUACAGGAGCACGAUCUUCCCAACUUCCUCCUGUCCUUAUCGUCUGUGCUCUCGACCGAUGCGCAUCCACCGGCGUGUAGAAAACUUGCUGGCUUUGUUCUCAAGAAUUCGUUCGAGGCAAAGGAUUCCUCAGAUAAGAAGCUACUGUCUAACAAAUGGAUCAACCUCGACCCAUCCAUCAAAUCGAAGGUCAAGGAGGCGUUGCUGGCGUCUCUAGGAUCUCCGGCUGAUGCAUGCCGCAUCUCACCAGAAAUCAUUGCAGUGGUUGCAGCCAUUGAGAUGCCCCGGGGGGAAUGGCGAGACCUCGUUGCCAAACUGCUAGGCAACAUGACGCAGCAGGGCGCGUCUCCUCAACUGAAGCAAAGAACUCUGGUGGCGCUGGGGCUUGUCUGUGAGGCGGUUGAGGUUUUGGAGCCGGAAGAAGUGGACGGUGUUGUGAAUGCUGCCGUCCAGGGGAUGAUGGACCAUGAUCAGCCAAGUUCUGAUGUCCGUUUCGAGGCAUUUAAAGCUCUGUAUGGUGUUCUUGGUUUUGCUGAGGUCAAGCUCACAAAUAUGGAUGACAGGGAUCGUAUAAUGAGCGCAGUUUGUGAAUCGGCUAAAUCCAAAGAUCCGGGCAUCCAGCAUGCAGCUAUCGAUUGCCUUGUUGAAAUUGCAUGCACACAUUUUCUGCUGUUACAGCCUUACAUGACAACCAUACUCAGUCUGACAGCUGAGUGUAUGAAAGGAGAUGAGGAAGCCGCUCACCCGUGUAUUAUGGUGUUCUGGAGCGCUAUCUGUCAAGAAGUGAUUAUACACAGGGGCUCUGUUGAUGCUGAACCUACUGCAGAUUGUCGCUUUAUUGAGGAGGCCCUCUCUUCACUUGUUCCAAUGCUGCUAGAGUAUCUUGUAACCCAAGAAGAUCUAGAGGUUGAUCUAGAGGGAGACGAUUAUGAUCUGAGAUUUACCCUAGGUUAUGAUCUAAGAUUUGCCUUAGGUUAUGAUCUGAGAUGCCAACAUGACCGGAGAGCUACCACACGGUGCCUAGCUCUCAUCGCUAGAACUAUUGGGGAUGCAAUUGUCCCCCUUGUGAUGGGCUCUGUUCAGGCUAACAUCAAAGCGUCAGAUUGGCGUAGACGCAAGGCAGCUAUUUCUGAAAUACGUUUUAUCCUUGAAGGUCCUUCUGUUGAGAAACUUGCUCCCUUGGUUGAUUUGUUGCUCGGCAUGAUGAAAGAUCCAAACAGUGAGGUAAAAGUAACCACUGCUCGUACUCUUGGGCGGAUGUUCGAGCUUCUGCAUUCUCCAGCAAGUGGAAAUGGAAUCAUAACAAAUUCAAACCUUCCUCGCAUCAUCGAUGUGUUGGUACGGAGUAGUGAAGAUACUCAAAGUGUGUCUGAAAAAGUAUGUGGAGCUAUAUAUUUUCUUGCCCGGGGUUAUGAAGAUGCAGAGUCAAUGUCGUCUGAGCUUCCACCUUUCCUUGAUCGUGUUGUUGAAGCUCUUAUUUCUGCUUCAGAACCUGCUGAUGGGACCCCUUUCAGGCUUCCAGCAUCUGCCUAUGAAGCAUUGAGUGAGAUUGUGAAUGUCAGCCACAUACGUGAACCUGGAGUUACAUACGUUGUAGAAGGUUUAAUGCGUCGUAUCAUGAAAAGAUUGUGCAUGACGCUUGAUCGCCGAGCUUUUGCUUUAGAUGACAAGGAGAAGAAAAACAAUCUUCUCGUUAGGCUGUGUUCUCUACUGCAGGUCAUCAUCCAGAAACUGAGAAGCUCAGGAAUGGCAGGAAUAGUUACCGAUGCUGCUCAUGUUUUGUUGUUUCUGUUUUGCCGAGUGUUUGCGAGCGAUAAUUCUACUGUACGUGAUAAAGCAAUGCUUGUCAUUGGCGCUCUUACUAACGCCAGUGGUCCAGAUUUCGGGGAACACAUGCCAAUAUUCAUACAGUUCUAUGAUGUGCACCUACUCUCCCCCAUCUCCUUAGAAGUGAUUGGUGAUAUCUUUCAUGUCUUGGAAGGUAAAAUGUUGCCAUACUGUGAUCAAAUUAUGGAAGUUCUUCACAAAGGUCUCUCAGAAUCGACGCUUAAACCCCUAAUUUUCUCAUGCUUUGGAGACAUUGCUCUUGCUAUUGGCAAGGAUUUCGAGAAGUACCUGAAGGAUGUUCUGAAAAGGCUUAAACAUGAUGCUAAUCUAAAAAACUGUGCCGAUGUUGAGGUUGAUUAUGUUAACCAUCUUAGACAUGGAAUGCUAAAGGCUUACUCUGGCAUACUACGGGGUAUAAAGGACCCUGAAAUUGGGUUGAAAGUAUCAGUGCCUCUAUUUAAAUUCAUUCAAGCUGUCUGCAGAGACCAGAGCAGGGACCAAAGUGUGAGCCUCGCUGUAGCUGAUGUCUUGGCGCAGUUUCAUCUUACGGCUGGCUCAUGGGUAGAGGAAAUGACUGAGAAAGCAAUGAUUAACUACCAUGAGGGUGUAGGUUUCUUCUGAGUCCAUUUGGUGUGGAUGAAUGAAAGGAUCAACGUAGAUGUAGCCUCAGUAGUAGGAUCCUUCUCAUCUGUGCACUAUUUUGGUGGGUUCUGGCAUCGGAUAAACUUAAAAUUCUGGCAUUGGGCAGGCUAAACUUGUUUAACUUUUGACGAAUCUGGCCCUAGCUUCCGAGUGACUUUCACCCACUCUGGAUCCUUCGAAAAACCUGAUCCAGCGCCAUGCAGUUUGG